UUAAAUCCGACGAUCAACCGCCGGCUGAAAGAAACCCUAAAUCCCACGUCGAUGCUGGCUCUCACCAGCCACUCCUUCGCCCUACUCUCACCCCUCGUUCCCUCCACUUCACAUCGUUCUCCUUCUCCGAUCCCCACUUCUACCAGAACGAGCUCAGCCCGAGCAUCCAUGGAACGAUCGAGGCCGCACUUCCCGUUCCUCCCACCGGCCCAUCGUGCCCUAAUGUUCAACCUGUUGGCCACCGUGGACGACCGCCUCGACUCAGCGCUCCUCCCCUGCGCCGUUCCUCCCGACGUUCUCAGCUUCCAGAAUCCCCAGGGCUCCGCCCACGGCUCCGUUCACAUCCGCAGCGGCUCCCAAUCUUCGCCGGUCGAUUUCGUCCUUCAAUCAUGGCUUCACUGCAAAACCCCCAGCGGCAGCGAGAUCAAUAUCGCCACUCUCUUCGCCUUCCUCAACUCAUCCACCGACGCUCCCCAUUUUCUCUUCGAGCUAAUCCAGGGCAGCCCCACCUCCCUCGUCCUCCUCAUCGACCUCCUUCCUCGCAAAGACCUCGUCCUCCACCCCGAUUACCUCGACGAAUUCUACCAAAGCACCAACCUAGAUGGCCCCAGACGAGAACUCGAGCAGCUCCCCCAAAUAUCGCCGUACCGCUCCUCAUCUCUCUUCAUCCGCAGCGUUCUUUCUCCGACGGCCAUCGCCAUCACCGUCGAUUGUGGGAAGGAAGGACCGGCGAACGCGAUAGAGGAUAUCAUAGCCGGACAGAUCUGCAGCGCCGCUGAGAAGAUUGUUGGGAUCUGGUUGGAGAAGUGCGCGGGAGCCGGGGAGAGGGUGGUGGGGGAUGGGGAGAAGGAGGGGUUGGAGGGGAGGGAUGUGUUGAUAAAGAGGAAUGCUGUAGAGAUUGAUUUGGCGGCAAAUUUGCCUAGGAUGUUUGUGCCGGAUGUGGCGGAGCGGGUGGUGGGCGAGCUUCGGAAGGCGUUCGGAGUAUAGUCUUUUUGUCUAUUGUGAUGAGUGGGGGGUUUGUGCCGGCCGUGGUAUGAGGAGAUUGGUGCAGGAUGGGAAUAUUUUGAUGGCCGUAAUAUCAUUACAAUAACACCAAGAUACAUAUGCAUUGUGUA